AAUUCAAAGCCCAAUGGCCAUUUCUUCCCACAGAAAUCCUUCAAUUUCACUGCCAUUUCUCCGCUUCUCCUUCACUCUCCAAGCCCUUAAAUUUUACCAAUUUCAUUUUGAUUUCUUCAUUUUCCAGCCGCCUAUCCCUUCAAUUUCCUUCCUUUCUACGACUCCACCGUGAAUUCAAUCCCUUUUCUUCUCUGACUUACUCAUAGCUACAACCCCAAUGGCUUCUCUUCCAUCUUUCUUCCGUUGUUCCAGUCCUCCGCAUCCCGAUUUCACCUUGUUUCGAGCUCCCAUCAAUGGCGGAAGAAUCCGCGCCUGUCUUAGUGUAGAUUUACAAGGACCCAGUUCGUCAAAGCUUCAAAAAGGGGAACUGGGUCGCUCGAGCGAGGAGGUGAUCGAUUCAGAACGGAAUCUUUUCGUCGGAACUUAUGCUCGUGCGCCGGUGGUUCUCUCGAGCGGUAAAGGAUGUAAACUGUAUGAUCUCGAAGGGCGAGAGUAUUUAGAUAUGGCCGCCGGAAUCGCCGUUAAUUCCUUAGGUCACGGUGACCCCGAUUGGCUACAAGCCGUGAUCGAGCAGGCGAAUACGGUCUCUCAUGUUAGCAAUCUCUUCCAUUCAAUCCCUCAGGUUGAACUUGCAAAACGCCUUGUAGCUAAAUCGUUUGCGGAUCGUGUGUUUUUCACCAACUCUGGCACGGAAGCAAAUGAAGCUGCCAUUAAAUUUGCUAGGAAGUUUCAGAGAUUUUCUCAUACUGAAUCCAAUGAGUUACCCCCUGUGGAGUUUAUUGCUUUUUCCAAUUGUUUUCAUGGCAGGACAAUGGGUGCUCUUGCCUUAACGAGCAAAGAGCAUUACAGAACUCCUUUUGAGCCUGUUAUGCCUGGUGUUUCUUUCUUGCCAUAUGGUGAUAUUGAGGCUGCAACCAACUUGAUUCUCACAGGGAAAAUUGCUGCUGUUUUCGUCGAACCCAUUCAGGGUGAAGGUGGCAUUUUCAGUGCUACAAAGGAGUUCUUGCUUUCCUUGAGGAAUGCUUGUAAUGAAGCUGGAACUCUUCUAGUCUUCGAUGAGAUUCAAUGUGGAUUGGGUAGAAGCGGUCAUCUCUGGGCACAUGAAGCUUAUGGUGUAUAUCCAGAUAUAAUGACUCUUGCCAAGCCUCUAGCUGGAGGUCUCCCCAUCGGAGCCGUACUAGUGACCGAAAGAGUCGCUGCUGCAAUAAACUAUGGAGACCAUGGAAGCACUUUUGCAGGCUCACCACUCGUUUGCAAUGCUGCAGUCUCCGUUGUAGACAAGAUCUCAGAUCCUUCAUUCUUGCUUAGUGUCUCCAGGAAAGGCGAAUACAUGAGGAAUUUGCUAAAGCAAAAACUGGGAGGAAACUCACAUGUUAAAGAAGUUAGAGGGCAAGGCCUUAUCAUUGGAAUAGAAUUGGACGUGCCUGCUGGUCCUCUCGUAGAAGCUUGUCGAAACUCAGGCCUUCUAAUUUUAACAGCGGGCCAGGGGAAUGUGGUUCGACUUGUACCGCCAUUGAUCAUCGCAGAGCAAGAACUGGAGUUUGCUGCUAAUAUUCUUCUUGAAUGCAUCCAUGUACUUGACUGAUCUUAAAAGUUUUUAGCCGCUAGUUUUUUAACAAUGUUAUGAUAUCAUCAAGUCUUGUAUGUAAUGUUAUAAUUUGAAAUAAACUUGUUUUUUGCCA